UGAUAAUAAUAUUUUUAAUUCAAAGUAAAGCUCCAGGAUGGCAAAUAGUAAAGAACAAACUCUCAGUUCGAUACAGAAAGAGAUUAGAGAGAAAAGUCAAUUCUAUAAGCGCCAAAAAGCUAGAUCUAACUCAGCUUUUUCAAAGCUGAGCAAGGAAAGUUCUCUUCUGCUUGUCUCAUGCUUCUCAAUUGUCUCUACCAACACUAUCUUAGCCCCGAUUGAGAGAGUGAAGACCAUCUGACAGACAGAUUUCCUUUCCAUUAACAAAGUUGACUUAAAGACUAACAGACCAUUAGGAGUAUACACUGCGAUAUGUAAUGACCAAGGUGUGCUCAACUUUUUGAGAGGAAAUAUGGCUAAUUCUUACAAAUUUAUCCUCCAAACCUGAGCCAGGGGCUAUUUAUACCAGAGAUUCCAUCUCUCUCCGAAGGAGAGAGAUGCUAAUGGGUAUACAUUUGCUCAAAAUGUUGGGAUAAAUUCAGCAAUUUCAUUACUGAUCCUAGCUAUUGCCUAUCCUCUUGACCUUGCUCACACAAGAAUGACAGUAGAUAUGACAAAGCAAGGUCAAAAGAGAAUAUACAGCUCAGUAGCAGACUGAUUUAGAAAAGCAAGGAAUAGCAGUGAGAUUAUUAGUUCUAUUGAAUCAAGCCCUACACAGAUGAAAUUUAUCAGAUAUUCUGACCUCUAUAGGGGCUUUGGGAUGUCUAUUGCAGGCACUUUGCCAUAUGCUGCUCUUUCUUUUCCAUUGUUUGACCUCUGUAACAAAUUUACAUGGGAUGCAUCUAAAGAACUAGAUCAGACCAACUUUUACGUUAGAGUUCUGAACAGAAUUGUUCCGCCAACAGUAGUAAUGUGAUUACUCUCGAGCAUUCUCUAUCCAUUUGAGACAGCAAAGAAGUUACGUCAAGUAAAUGGCUCUAUUGGAUUUAAAAAUAGCCUUAGCUCUUCAUUCCAAAUUUUGAAAAAGUGAAAAAUCACCGAUCUCUACAGAGGCUACAGUAUUCAUCUGCUAAAGGUAAUCCCAUACACCUUUAUUCAAUUCUCCAUCUACCAGUUGGCAAAGAAAAUGAUUAAAGAUUAAGCUGCAAUAAGAGAAUAUGACCUUCAAUAUUA